CGCUGUUGCCAACAGGGAGCGGAGGGCCCGCGAGCCGAGUGCUGGAGACACUGCCGCCAUCCUGUUUGUCAAGCAGCCCACUUGACACGCUCCUCUCCUAAGGAUCCUCCCUCUCAGCUCUUGCAAGCACCUGGCUCGUCGUCUGCUGGUCCUCCUUUGACACAGGCUCACCGCGGAGGCAGCAGCGAGGCAUGAAGACCCCGCUCGGAAAAGCAGCUGCAGGGCAGCGGUCCAGGACAGGCGCAGGACAUGCCAGUGUGUCUGUGACCGAGAUGAAGAGAAAGGCUGCACACAAGAAGCAUAGGAGCAGACCCACCUCCCAGCAUCGGAGGAACAUCGUAGGCUGCAGAAUUCGGCAUGGGUGGAAAGACGGAGAUGAACCUCUAACACAGUGGAAGGGAACCGUUCUGGAUCAGGUACCUGUAAAUCCCUCUCUGUAUCUUAUCAAAUAUGAUGGAUUUGACUGUGUUUAUGGAUUGGAACUUCACAGAGAUGAAAGAGUGUCAUCACUUGAAAUCCUUCCGAAUAGAGUUGCAUCAUCUAGAAUCAGUGAUACACACUUAACAGAAAUUAUGAUUGGCAAAGCAGUGGAACAUAUUUUUGAGACAGAGGAAGGUUCCAAAAAUGAAUGGAGGGGGAUGGUCUUAGCUCAGGCACCUGUCAUGAACACAUGGUUUUACAUUACCUAUGAGAAAGAUCCUGUAUUAUAUAUGUACCAGCUCUUAGAUGAUUAUAAAGACGGUGACCUACACAUCCUUCCAGAUUCCAAUGAUUCUCCGCUCUCAGAGAGGGAGCCAGGAGAAGUAAUAGACAGCCUAGUAGGCAAACAGGUGGAAUAUGCCAAGGAGGAUGGCUCCAAGAGAACUGGCAUGGUAAUUCAUCAGGUGGAAGCAAAACCCUCUGUGUACUUCAUCAAAUUUGAUGAUGAUUUCCAUAUCUAUGUCUAUGAUUUGGUAAAAACAUCUUAGAGGUCAUUUUGAAAUUUGACAAAUAUGUGAGACUGUUUGUAAAAUCUGAACACACAAAAAGUCUUGAUUGC